GGCUUUGAAACGGACUACUAACACACAGGGGCGUCAUCGACGAGUGCCCGUAGUCAUUUGGAAGGGAGACCCAUACUUUUUGGCUGCAUGUUAGGCUGCUUCAGUGAGAUACGUGUGAGUAGUUUGGACACAUUUUACAGAUGCUUUUAUUUACCUUUAAUCGACAAAACAGUGAUUUUUACAGAGCUCCCUAGAGAAAACGAUACUCUUUCUUAAAUUUGAUGGUACGUUAUAUCAAGAACAUUUUCUAUGUUCUCCAAAUCUUUAACAAACGCGAAAUAACGCUUAAUAACAGAACACUAUCACGUGCUAGACCUUGCAAUGCGCAAUUGACAAACGUCACAAAUUAUAGCGAUUUAAUUUGUAAAGUGACAAAAGAACAUACACUUUACAACUCAGUAAAUGAGUUAUCAUCUGGCCCACGUUUGCAUCAAAACCAUUUUACAGUAAUGUCGCAUACAAUGGAGUCGACAGAAAUGACGAGGGUGUCAGCGGUAAAUACCUCAAACACUUCAGUCAAUUCUACCACAGACGAGUUGAAAGAAACUUGUAAACGUAAGAGCGAAGAGAAGGAAGACCCAGAGAAAAGUAGUCGUGGAAAGAGACGACGAGGAGGUGGGAAGAAACAACUCCGUACAGGAGAGAGAUACAUUCCUCCCCCUCAAAAACGCAACCCCGGCGUAAGUUUCAGCAAAGAGCAUUUUGAUGAAACAACAUACUAUUUUGAAGGAGGUCUACGCAAAGUGCGCCCAUACUACUUCGACUUCAAAACGUACUGCAAGGGACGCUGGAUUGGGAAAACUCUUCUCGAGGUUUUCAGCAGUGAAUUCCGAGCUGAGCCGUUGGAGUACUACGUUAUGGCUUCCAAACUAGGACGCAUCCGACUCAAUGAAACCCCAAUGGAUGACCUCUCUGUAACACUCAGGAACAAUGACUUCCUAAGGAAUACAGUGCAUCGCCAUGAGCCACCUGUAGUUGGCCGGCCACUGGAGAUUUUGGAAGAUAAUGGGGAGGUUUUGGUAGUUGACAAGCCAGCCUCGAUGCCAGUUCAUCCUUGUGGGCGCUUCCGUCACAACACGGUCAUUUUCAUCCUGGGAAAGGAACGGGGCAUAUGUGGCCUUCACACUGUGCACCGGUUGGAUCGCCUAACAUCUGGGGUGCUGCUCUUCGCCCGGACUUUGGAAGUGUCCCAGAAACUGGAUGUGUUGGUGCGAGACAGACAGCUGGAGAAGGAGUAUGUCUGUCGAGUGGAAGGGGAGUUCCCAGAGGGUGAGAUCAUCUGUGAGGAGCCCAUCCUGGUGGUCUCCUUCAAGGUGGGACUGUGCAGAGUGCAUCCUAAAGGCAAGGAUUGCCGCACAGUCUUCCAAAGGCUCAGCUGGAACGGCCACUCCAGUGUAGUGCGUUGCCUCCCUCUCACUGGCCGCACUCACCAGAUUCGUGUCCACCUCCAGUUCCUGGGCUACCCCAUCCUCAACGACCCUGUCUAUGGCUCCUCUGCUUGGGGUCCCCAAAGGGCAAAGGGAGGCCUGAUGGGCAUGAGCGACGAUGAGCUUCUCAAAGCGAUUCUGGAGGAACAUCGUUUGAAGGAGAGUCUUCAUCUCCUAGACAUCCCAGAUGAGGUACUGGUACAAGUGAGCAAUGUGCAGACUGAUGCUCAGACACCUCAGCCAGAGCUGUUGCCACGUGUUUGCAAUUCUGUUUCAAGUAACUGUACACUGAGUGACGUAGAACAGAGUGCAAUUCAGGUCCACAGCAGUCCAGCCUUACCCGGUGCAGUACCCGGACCAGCUGAUGAAAAUGAUCAAACUGAGUCCACAGAAUCUUCUCACUUAGCUGCUACAAACACGAAAGACCCUCUGUGUAGCGAGUGUAAGAUUGUCCGUCCGGAUCCCACCGAGAAGGAGCUCAUCAUGUACCUCCAUGCGUUGCGCUAUAAAGGACCAGACUUUGAAUAUUCAACUCGCCUACCUGACUGGGCCAAGGAUGACUGGAUUGAAGACUAAGGCACUAUAGGGAUGUUGUACAACAGAAGUGCAGGCAGUGUACUAUGUGAUGUGCCCAAUAGGAUGUAAAAUAUCACUAUUGUUGUUUUGUUGAAGUGUCUUUGGACACUUGGUGAACCAAGCUCGGUUGUUAGUUCUAUGGCUCACGGUUCUGUAAAUCAUGAAUAAUUCUGUUUUUAAAUUGUAUAAUUCAUUUCCCUCUGACUCACGUUAAGGGAUAUAUUACUUUGGACCAUAUAUUUUCCAUUGGACUCUAAGCCAGGAAGAUGUUUAUCUAGGAUUUCUUUUCAGUAGCCCUUCUAAUUGAAAACCAAAUAAACAUUUUCAUAAAGUUGGACAAUGAAAUUUUAUUUUCAUGGCAUUGAAUAAAACAACCCAUUCUGCGGGAAAAAUA